AGAUAAUCUAUUAAAAGAAUGAAAGUGACCCUACACGCUUAAUCAAACUCAGCACAUCUGUGGAUCCUGUGACAACGAUGGGUAUACGAAUCGAGCAGAUCGACCCAUACUUGCUCGUUCUCGUUUAUAAAAGAGGAAGACCGGUCUUGAACGGUGUGAUUCUCGCCUAUUUUUUCCCCUGCGAAUCCAUAACUCAGAGAUUUAUCAGCUCCGGUAGGCAGCCAUAUAAUAAUCCCUGGCUGAGCCGCAUGCUAAAUCCUACAUGGGUUAAGCUCCAUCAUGGUCCCGUUUUCGAUUUAAUAGCGGAUGCACCCGACUGGGCCAACUCUACGACCAAUUUGCCAGCCCAUCCCUUGUAUGAUAGGGCUUAGCUGAUUCGCGUUUAAUAAGCACCGACCUCAAGAUGCUGGGUAUUAAUGCCCGCGAUGGACGUAAUCGCUAGCUAGGGAGUUUUACAGCUACGGAAUACGCUUCUUCCUUUUUCUAUCCAAAUGGCGAAAGCUCCUCGAGUUAUCGUGGCCGGUGGCGGACCCGUCGGUCUGUAUACCGCACACGCUCUCGCAAAAGCGAACAUCGAUUACGUGGUCCUUGAACAACAAUCCGAGAUCAUACGAUACAAAGGUGCUGGGACCGUCUUUCUUCCUCAGUCGGCGAGACUUUUAGAUCAGAUCGGGUUAUUGAAACGAAUCGAAGAACUAUCAACCAGGCUCCAUAAAAAAACGAAUUCGUUAUACAAUGGGCAGUUCCUCGUUAAGUUUCGAUUGUUCGAUACGAUGGAAGAGAGUCAUGGAUAUCCGUCUCUAGGACUCUCACGUAGCCAAAUCAUUGAAACUCUGUACGAAGGCUUACCUGAGCGCGAGACUCGGGUAAAACCCAAUUCCCGUGUCAUUGACAUCGAAACAAACCCCAAUGGAGUACGAGUUUAUCUCUCAGAUGGUAGCAUCGAGGAGGGAUCUCUCGUCAUCGGAGUCGAUGGUGUGCAUAGUCGGACACGGGAAGUAAUGGACAGGAUCAUCCGUGAAUCCUCCGACGGGGUGGCAGAUAAGAAGCCCUAUCCUAUGGUCACGCACUUCCAAGCUAUCUUUGGGCGCGCCCCAGUGCCUAAGGGUGUCGAUAUAGGCCAUUUCUACGAGGCCCACGGCAAUGGCGUGGCGUCGCAAGUAUGUACCGGUGGGGAGUACGUGUACUUCUCCAUUUUGAGAAAAUUACCUGCACCAACAACUGCGCGACGCAGAUACAGUGACAAGGAACUGGAGGAGGAGGCCAAGAGCUUUGCUGAUCUGCACUUAUUCCCAAACAUCACAUUCGGAGAGAUCUGGGAGACCGCCAACCACGACGAGAUCUCUCUGGUACACCUGGAGGAGGGAAUUAUCGACAAGUGGUAUGCCGAUCGUAUCGUCCUGCUCGGCGAUUCCGUCCAUAAGAUGACCCCGAUCAGCGGCAUGGGUGUGAAUACCGGCAUGCAGUCGGCCGCUGUACUAGUGAACCAACUGCAGAGCUUGUUCAGCUCGAAUCCCGAGCCGACCACCGAGGGUCUGGAAAAAGCAUUUAAAACUUACCAAGAAAUCCAGGAGCCAAUAUGCCGGGAGACGGUUACGCAAGGGGAGAUGAUGACCCGAUUGAUCACCUGGCAGAGUUGGACAGGUUGGAUAUUCGACAGAUUUAUCUUCCCAUGGAUGGACCUGGAAGGUCGGAUAAACAAGCAAUUCGCUCCCAUCAUAAGUAAAGCGCAUGUUCUGGACUAUGUCCCUUUCGAAAGUAGGAUUGGGAAAGUCCCUUGGGUCAAUGUCCCCAAAGUUCAAGCAUGACGGUAAUGUACCUGAUUAGUUAGCUAAUAUCCCAUAUAAGAUCCCAUCUUAGUUUAGAAUAAUAUUAAUACCCUACUCCCAGAUAUGCUAGAUUCCUCGCGUGAUCAUGCUUGAAGGUUUAUCUACACCUAGACGUACUGCGAAUAGUAUGCGUGUAGGUGUAGCUAGACUAGCAAGGUGCGCUCCAACCCGUCCUAUUAAAGUCCUUGGUGAGCGCAAAGGAAGAGCACUAGGAGUUUGGCCUUCUCGAAGUCGUUGUCGUCAAGAAUUCUCAUAAAUGAAUAUUCAGUGAAUUCCAAUUGAGGACGGAAUGAGCUGCCUCGGCUCAGGUUUCGUAUCGCUGGUUUGAGAAUGCACAGCUUCAGUCGACGAACAAACCGUCUUGGCCAGAACUAGAAGGCAGU